UUUGGAGUCGAAGUAGGGGGUCAUGGGGAUAACUGAAUGACGAAAAUGAAGCGACCCCAUUAACAAGAUAAAAAACUUCGUGUAAUCGGUAUGACGAUUUUAAAUAAAAUUUGUGCUGCCAUUGGUGAUAUUUUUAUAGGCUGUAAAAGAUACCAUGGAUCCUAUUCACAGAAGUGAUACCCUCCGAGAUGGCAGUCUUAGAAUUCUCCACAGUUUCAUAACAUGUGUUAAUCCACAAUCUGUGAUGCUGUAAUGCCUCCCAAUGUCUGAGGCAGUGGCAAAAUUGGAGACACGGCAGGACUCCGGGAACUUGUGUUCUCAAGUUGUGACAGGAGAGGCCCGUUUACGUCAACUUGAAGCACUGUUCCUUGGUGGUCCUGUGCAGGGACAGGGCCAAUGCUUCAGUAUAGAAACUUUGCUGGAUGUACUUCUGGUGCUGUAUGAUGAGUGUUGCAAUUCUUCUCUUAGAAGAGAGAAAACAGUAUCUGAUUUCAUCGAAUUUGUUAAACCUGUUGCAACAAAUUUGAAGGCAUUGCGCCUUUCACGUGAUGAUUUUGAGAUUAUUAAAGUAAUUGGAAGAGGAGCCUUUGGAGAAGUUUGUGUUGUAAAAAUGAAGGGUUCAGAGAAAGUGUUUGCAAUGAAGAUUUUGAAUAAAUGGGAGAUGUUGAAAAGGGCAGAAACAGCCUGCUUCAAAGAAGAAAGGGAUGUUCUGGUGUUUGGAGAUAGAAGAUGGAUCACGAAUCUUCAUUAUGCAUUUCAAGAUGAAUCAAAUUUAUACUUAGUAAUGGAUUAUUACUGUGGUGGUGAUCUGCUCACAUUACUUAGUAAAUUUGAGGACCGUUUGCCUGAAGACAUGGCUAAGUUUUACAUUGCAGAAAUGGUUCUUGCCAUAGGAUCUAUUCAUGAUCUAAGAUAUGUUCAUCGAGAUAUAAAACCAGAUAAUGUUUUACUUGAUGCUAAUGGACACAUUAGGUUAGCUGAUUUUGGAUCAUGCUUAAAAUUGUUUGAGGAUGGAACAGUACAAAGCAAUGUUGCUGUUGGAACUCCUGAUUAUAUUUCACCAGAAAUUCUUCGGGCUAUGGAAGAUGGACAGGGAAGGUAUGGUCCUGAAUGUGAUUGGUGGUCGCUUGGUGUUUGUAUGUAUGAAAUGUUGUAUGGUGAGACCCCAUUUUAUGCAGAAUCACUUGUGGAGACAUAUGGGAAGAUAAUGAAUCAUAAGAACUGCUUUGACUUCCCAACAGAUAUGGGUCUGGAAGUCUCUGAAGAAGCCAAAGAUCUGAUGAAAAGACUUAUUUGUAGUUCAGAAUUUAGGUUAGGUCAACAUGGAAUUGAAGACUUCAAGAACCAUCCAUGGUUUGAGGGCCUCGACUGGGAAACAAUACGAGACAGUCGUGCGCCUUACAUUCCAGAGGUCAGCAGUCCAACUGAUACCUCAAAUUUUGAUGUUGAUGACACUGACAUUCGAACUUCUGAUGCUGUACCUCCUACAUCAAAUGCUGUUUUUUCUGCCCUUCAUUUGCCAUUUGUUGGGUUUACAUUCACCCAGGGCUGCUCAGUUUCUGAUCUGGGUUGUAUACCAGCACAUGGAAUCACACCUUCAGAAAGACUUGAAGUUGAAAAACGAAUCUUAGAUUUGGAAGAAGAAAACUUAAGGCUUACAAAACUUCUGUCUGGCAAUGAGGAGGGAAGGUCAAGUGAUGCAGGAAGUGCAAUGAGAAAACUGCAAGAUGAAAUCAAUAUUUUGACAAAAAGGAACUGUGAGUUGGAAGAUAAAAUGAAAGAUCUUCAACAGAUAACAAAUCAGAGGAAAGACCUUGGCACUGAAAGUGAGGUGCAACAAAAAAUAAAAGACCUUGAAAAGAACGUCAGGAUCCUAAAACAGGAAAGAGACGAAGCUCAGAAGGAAAACCUUGAUGUCCAAGAGAAAAUUAAACUUCAAGAGAAGGAACUUAAAGAUGCUCUAAGCCAGCGGAAGUUAGCAAUGACAGAAUACACCGAAGUGACAGACAGGCUGUCAGAGCUGAGACAACAGAAGCAGAAACUUUCACGACAGGUCCGGGAUAAGGAGGAAGAGCUGGAAGUAGCUAUGCAAAAAAUUGAUAGCCUUCGACAUGACAUUCGCAAAGCAGAAAAACUUAGAAGAGAGCUUGAAGCACGUGUAGAUGAAGCUAUGGCAGAGACAGCAAAAGAACGCAAACUUAGGGAAAGAAGUGAAGAAUAUUGUAAACAAAUGGAGGAAGAAAUUGAGAAGUUGCGACAGAGGAGUAUUAUAGUAGGAGCUGAUAUUUCUGUAGCUAGCCAGUCACAUGCAUCACAGGAAAUAGCAAGGUUAAAGUCUGAGGUAGAAAAGCUCCAAGUUCAGUAUAAUGAGAGCUUACAGCAGCAACAAUCAAGAUUUAAUUUGGAAUGCUCAAGCCUGAGAGAUCAAUUACAGGACUCAGAGAACAGGAGAGAGACUCUUGAAAGAGAGGUACAAGCUGUUAAGGAGAAAUUGGAUGCCACGAGACUUGAAGAUUUGACUGACAGUGAGGAGACAAUUGCAGAGCUCAAGAGGCGUCAUGAACGUGAAAGACUGAUGUUAUUGGAAGACAACAAGAAGUUGAUGAUGGACUUGGACACACUAACUGAGAGUGUAAGUCGAAUACAGAAUGAAAGAAGGCAACUUGAAGAAGAAUACGAAGAACUGAGAAGCAAGAAAGAUGCUAUUGCUCAAUGGGAAGCACAAAUUAGUGAAAUAAUCCAGUGGGUAAGUGAUGAAAAGGACGCAAGGGGCUAUUUACAAGCAUUGGCAACAAAGAUGACUGAAGAGCUUGAGUUCCUCAAACAUGCUGGAGUGUCCAGUGCAGCCACUGCUGAUAAAAACUGGCGCAAUCGGCGAAGUCAAAAACUUGAUAAGAUGGAACUUCUUAAUCUUCAGAGCAGUUUACAAUCUGAAAUUCAGGCCAAACAGGCUAUUAGUGAAGAGUUAACAAAGACUCGAUCUGAGCUCAUUGCAGCUCAAAAGGAGUUGAGAGAUUUGCGUCAGAGGUAUGAUACGUUGUCUCAUGAGGUAAAGAGGAAAGAAAUUCAAAUCAAAGAACUUCAGUCAAGAUUAGAAUCUGGUGAACCAUUUUUGGAUCGUCCUUCAUCUCAGGUAUCAUACUUAGAUCGUUUCCUAAAAGAAACACACCAUGGGGGCUCAGUGGAGAGUGAAGAGGGGGAUGUGGAAGACAACAGAGCCCCUUCAGUAACUAGUAGUAAAUCAAACUUAUCAGAACUCAGUAUAGAUCCAAAUUCAUCUUUAGGACUCGACCUUCAUACAAAGCCAGGACUUCUUGCUCAUCAGUUACCACCCAAACCAAAAUCACAUCAGUUUCUUGUUAGAACAUUUUCUUCGCCUACAAAGUGCAGUCAUUGCACAUCAUUGAUGGUUGGUCUCACCAGGCAGGGUGUAGUGUGUGAAGUUUGUGGCUUUGCAUGCCACAUUGGAUGUUGUGAAAAGGUUCCAGCUAUCUGUCCAGUUCCUUCAGACCAGACAAAAAGACCUCUUGGCAUUGAUCCUACGAGAGGUAUAGGAACAGCCUAUGAAGGGUAUGUUAAAGUUCCCAAAACGGGAGGAGUGAAAAAGGGCUGGAUUCGUCAGUUUGUUGUGGUUUGUGAUUUCAAAUUGUUCCUCUAUGACAUAUCACCUGACAGAAAUGCUCUUCCCUCAGUUUAUGUUUCUCAGGUUUUAGAUAUGAGGGAUGAGGAAUUUUCUGUGAGUUCAGUCAGAGAUUCGGAUGUCAUUCAUGCAACAAAGAAAGACAUUCCUUGCAUUUUCAGGAUAACUACAUCACUUAUGGAGCCUCCAGGGUUGAAAAAUCAUACACUAAUGCUGGCAGAUACAGAGAGUGAAAAAACUAAAUGGGUUGUUGCUUUAAGUGAACUUCAUAGAAUACUGAAGAGGAACAAUUUACCCAACAGGACAGUUUUUCGAGCAAAGGAGUUGCUGGAUAAUACACUAGCUUUUAUAAAAAAUGCAAUGUCAGGGGCCAUUAUAGAUCCUGAUCGUCUAGUCAUUGGAACAGAGGAGGGUUUGUUCUGCUUGGAUCUUGAUCGAAGUGAAAUUGCUCGUGUUGGAGAAGGUAAAAAGGUGUAUCAGUUAGAAUAUAUAGUUGAGGAGCAAUUGUUAGUUGUUUUAUCUGGGAAACAGAGACAUCUACGCCUGAUUCCAGUGCGGGCACUGGAUGGUGAUGAUGUAGAAUGGAUUAAAGUAGCUGAAACAAAGGGGUGUAUCACCUUUGCAACAGGGGUAAUGAGACGUGCACCUCAACUUGGCUACUGCCUUUGUGUUGCCAUAAAAAGACAGAAUACAUCUCAGCUAAUUAUAUAUGAAGUAACACGUACGAAGACUCGGCAUAAACGUCUGAGAGAAAUAAUGUUACCAACUCAAGCACAGACUCUCAAUGUUUUUAGUGAAGGCAGGCUCUGUGUUGGAUAUCAGUCUGGGUUUAGCAUAUACAGUAUUACUGGUGAUCAAAAUGCCUUAUCCUUGGUGCAUCCUGACAAUCAGCUACUUGGUUUCUUAGCAUACAGUGCUGUAGAUGCAAUGCGUGCAAUAGAAUUGUCAAGGGGAGAGUUCCUCCUUGUGUUUCAAACAUUAGGGGUGUAUGUUGAUGCACAAGGCAGAAAAUCUCGUGAUCGUGAAAUCAUGUAUCCUGCCAUUCCUACUGCUGUUAGUUAUUGUGAUGGACAUCUCUUGGUGUAUAGUGAAACUCAUGUAGAUGUUUUCAACUGUGCAACUGGAGAAUGGGUACAAACAAUAAAUGUAAAGAAAUCAAGACCACUAAAUGUUACAGGAACCCUUAGUAUUUGUGUUAUAAAUGACAUGCCACACAUAAUCUACCUGAGUAAUGUUCAUCAACGUGAGUUAAUAAACGUUACUCAGUGUGAUGCUUCUGGCCGCCCAGUUCCAAGACCAAGGCGUAGGUUUUCAUUAAGAGAAGGUCACAGGGCUGCAAGAACGACAGACAGGCGCUCUAAAAUGAUAUCAGCUCCAACAAACUUCAAUCAUAUAAGUCACAUGGGCCCGGGUGAUGGAAUUCAAAUUCAGAGGUUGUUGGACCUACCUACAACGCUGGAAACUGCAGAUCAGACUCUGGCAAGUCCACAGCAACUUCAGGGAAGUCAGCAGAGGCUGUUCCAUUCAGGAGCAAAGCUGGCACAUGCUCCACCCAGACAUCCUUCUCAUUCAGAGCAGCGACGUAUUUCAGGGCAUACACAGCGUCCAGCUCAAACAUAUUCAGGUCAUAACGGUUCUACAUCGUCACGUCGUUCAGCUGCUCCACCUAGGCCUGCUGUUACACCACCCUCAUUGCCAAGAUCUCCGGAUGGUCCACCAAUGGAUUCAGAGUCUUCCCUUCUGCAUCAUCAUGCAUCACUGGCAUUGGGUAGCGUACCUUCUCUACAUGAAGUGGGCAAGGACCAGACUGUAAGUGGUGGCAGUCCACGACAUUCAAUAGCUUCCAACAAUAGCAGCAAUCCAAGUACACCACCAAGUCCUGGCCAUGACCACGGGUCUUCGAGCUAUGACAGCUAGUUUAACUUAUUGGUCUGUACAUAAACUGUUGGGAAACAAUCUCGCAUCAAUGAUAUCUGAUGCUAUUAAGCUGUGUGUUAUUUUCAUUAACAUUUUGGCAAAAAGGAUAGUCAUACAGAUGGUAUAAUACAGAACGCAUUUGUCAGUACUUGUGUAACGUAAGUAAAACAUAUUAUUUUACAUUUAGUCAUUUACUUUUCCUUCAUAAUAUCACUAAUUUAAUUUUGUUUGUUUUUCUCAUUCCCAAGACUUUUUUGAGUAAGCAUAAAUACAUAUGUAUAUGUGCAACAGCAUGGCCUUUAUUUUUCAUCAAUGUGUGUUAGGCCUUUUGCUAAUUUUUAGGUGAAAGAAGUUCAUAAAUUUGAAAAUCUGGUAUGUAAUCAUUAAUUUUCUUUCAUUUUGCAUUAUAUGCAGUUGUUAUUUACACCCUGGAGGUAAAGAACAGUUUUGUAUAGAGGAUGAUAAUCAUUGUAAGUUAAAUUUGUUGCAUCUCUCAGUAUUUUUAAAUUUUUCUAUGAUUCCAUGUAUCUUUUCUUUGUGGUGUUGCAAAUUCUGGUACUUACAUUAAAAUCAGAAUAUUUUGUACAUAAGUUGCUUAUGUUGAAAUGGGUCGAGUCUUGAAGAGUCAUGCGGAAAUCUGCAAAGUCAAAUUUUAUUUCAAGUUUAGUUUACUGGUAUAUAAUGUAGUACAAUUUUAAUGGAAAAUUUCCAUUGUAAAAAUUUGGAACAAAGUUGCCAAGCACAUUUUGUUUCCUUUUUGGUUUUGUUUAUAUAUGUAAGUGUUUGCAUUCUGUAUUGAGAUAUGAGGGACUUCCAAAUACAAUUUGUGAUUAUUUUUAGUGAGACUACAAAAAUUGACUUUACAUAUGUGGAAAAUGUAUAUUAUAUUUAUUAACAUUUGUCGGUAGUAAAGGACUAGGUGGCCCUACCUCAUUUGGUACAUAGCUGUGGUAGGAGGAUUGUGCAUGUGUGUGUGUGUGUGUGUGUGUGUGUGUGUGUGUGUGUGUGCGAAUGCGUGCGUCUUCGGAAUGAAUUAGUGAUGUUAAGAGUGCACUAAAAUGAGUGGAGUAUGGGCCCUUUUGUAAAAUAGCAUUUCAUUACAGCUGUGUAUAUGUUUUCUGUUCAUUUUUUAAGAAUAUGAUUAUAGUUUUAUUUUAUCAGGGAAUGCUAACAAUAAUGAUGAAAUAAUCCAACGCCUAACUGUACAAAUUUUUAAGCAGUAUGUUUUGUAAUUCAGUCAUAUUCUGCAACUUCAAAUUUUAUAUUUAAAUAUAUUUAUUAUCAUUGUGUAAUCCUUCUGAAACAAUUCUCAUUGAUUUAAAUAAUCCAAAUAUUUAUAUUACAUUAGAUAUUUUCAUUUGUGUACAGGAAAUGUGCUGCAAGGUUCCUUAAAAUUAUUGUACAGCUAAAAACUGACUGAAGGGGAAUAUAUACCGCAGCAAAAAUAAUUGAUUACUUAUUGUAUUGGUGCUGAACUUUUACACAAGUAGAUUGUCCUGUGCUGUAAAGUGUGCUACAAUAAUGAAAUGCCUAGAUAUUGUUUUUUCACAGUCUUAUGUAAAGUUUAAGGGAUAAGUGGAAAUUCAUCAGAGUGCUAACUUACUUCUUUGCUACUCAAUUGCAUUGUCUGAAACUGUUUAAAAAUUCAGUACCAUUGAUCAUGGCGUGUUGGGUGAUAAGUGCCUAUAGAUAGAUAGCAUCUUUUUUUAUCUUUCCCUUGAGCUCACACCUCUCUCUCUCUCUCUCUCUCUCUCUCUCUCUCUCUCUCUGUUUCUCCAGUUUUUGUUUCCACAACAAAUUUAAGCAGAGUUCAUGCCAUGAAGCUGUUAAAUAUUAAAUCAUUGUCUCAUUUUUAUGUGAGCUAUAAGUAAAUGUCUUAUUUUCCAAGAUGUGUUGAACUAUGAAUGUAUCAUGUUUGUGGACUAGUUGUUCAUUGUGCAUUAGUAAUUUAUUUUAUUUAGAACUUCACAUGAUUUAUGUAUCAGAUUUGGGACAGCGCUUACAGAAAAAAAGGGCACAAUUCAUUUCUGUAGUAAAAAUCUAACUCACACCCUUUAAGUUUUGACAGAGGGACUUUGUUGCAGGAUCACAGUACACACUAGGUGCUGCACUAAUGUCUGGGAUAUUCUGAGUUUUAAGUCAUAUUUUUUUUUAAAUAUCGGGGCAUUUUGUAUCAGUAAUAUAAAGGUUAUCAUUGUACUUCUGUGCCCGUAUAAAUCUUCAUGUGAGGUGGAAGCAUUUUUCUUUCUUUCAUUGCCUGUGAGAUAUGUUGGAAAUUUAUAAUAAAUUUAGAAGUUUAAAUGACAUGACUCAUUUAAUGAAUAGAAACGUAAAAAAUUUACAGUUUCAACAAUAUGCUCAAGAUUGAAAGCAGUGGUUAGUAGUUGAGAAAGUAAUAUCUGUGAUAAAGUUUAUUCUAGAUAGAGUACCCACUGUCUGAAUAGAAUUUAUGAUACAAUUUUUUAUCUUCCAUGAGUAUAAUCUACACAGAUGUGUGAUUGGCUAUUGCAUUAUUCUCACUGUAUUAGUUAAAAUUCUCCCUGUAACACUCUUCAGUUACUGUGAUCACUGUAUUUUCAUUUUUGAGUAUAUCUGCCUUUGAAAGAAUUUUAAUGUUGCUUGGUGUUCUAACACUUCCAUUUUAAUAGUUCAUGUCAUAAUCCUUACAUUUAUAAGCUAUAACCUGCUUAUUUUCCUUUUAUUGUCUUCUUUAUCUAAUUUUUUUAACGCUGCUUGUAUGAUUUUUAUGUCUGAAUCUCUCCCAUUAUUCAACAGUAAAUGUUUUUCAGUCAUAUUUUGGACUGCUUAAAAAUGCAAUCACCAGUAAAAUUUAAAUGAUGUUAGAGUUAUUCUUAGUACCAGCUUCUGGCUAGUUCAUUUUUAAUGAACAAAACAAAUCAGUAAGUUUCUCUGACUUUCAUUUCACUCAUAGCAUUCAAUUUUGUGACCAUUUAUAACAAUAAAUUAAAUUUUGGUUACCAGGCUAUCCAGUAAAAUAGCUGUGAAUGUGAACUACACAUCCAUUUGGCAUGUGUCACCAAAGAGUAGUUGGUGGUGUCUUUCAGAACUUGUAUGAAAACAUUUUGUUUUCAAUGAAACAUAGCUCGUCUUUUCGUAAAUUUGGCUACAGUGGUGAUAUCAAGAUGGAAUUAAAAAGAAAGCAUAACCAUCUGUAGUGUCUGUUUGAAAGAGUAAAUAUUUUUCAGAUUGAUAUAUUGCACUAUUUGUCAAGACCUCACAGAGCAUAACAUUGAUUUAUGAGGCACUCCACAGCAAUAAAUAUCGUAAUUACAGUUCCAGUAUUAAAUCCGUUGUAGUAUUUUUAUUGUUAAAUGAACAGACUAAAUAUGCUGACCAUUGUAGAGAGAAUCUUCGAUGCUCUUAUGUAUUUCACACAAUGGUUGUCAUAAUAUUGACAAAAGUAUGCCUUAUUAGUGCUUAAAAAAGAGAAUGGCGUACUAACAUAUCAAACAGUGGACUGCCACCACAUCUCCAAAAAGGAAAACUCCUCACACAUUUGCAGUAUCACUUAAGGAUAUGAAUUGUGUCAGUCAAGAUGAACAUCUUUUACUUUUGGUCAUGCAUGAAGCUGUUUCACUUUUCUUGGACACAUCAGUAUCUCAAAUAUAAUUUUAUUCUUGUGAUUAUGUUGGUUUAGAGUAAACAUGAUUUUAUAUUGAUGGCACCCAUUCAUUUGUAUGCAUUGCUGAAUUUUUUGAUGAAGUAUUUAGAUCAUUUUUUACUUUUGCCUUUCUCCUUUUCAUGUACUUUUAGUAAAUAGAACCCAUCUUGUAACAACAUUUUAGGACUAUAUUUUUAUAAUAUUAAUUGAAGCUUUCUGGGUAUUUUCAUGUAGAAUCAUGGUGUAGAAAUUCAAAGUCAAAUAUCAAGAACUGCUGCUUUUUACGGAUUUAUGUAUGUAAGCAGAUGAUUUGUAUUGAAACUUCAACCACUGACAGACAGAUUUGAUGUCUGAAUGGAUAAGACCAAAUUAUUUAGAUUGUUUUUGGCAUAUUAUUUUAACUCAUAAAAUCAUUUGUUAUUGAAAGCUUAGUAUCUUUGCCAGAAGCAAUAAUCCUAAAUUAAUACAGUGGAGUGUAAAUCAAAUUUUUAUCAGUUAUGAAAUCUUCUGUAUGAAACAACAGCUGUUUUCGAAACCUUUCACUGCCCAGUUAUUGGCAGCCUGCUGUCUGUUUGAGCCCUAGUCAUGUAGCGGGAGCAUUUUCCUGAAUUCAUGUUUCCCACUCCUGCAUGUUUACCUCCAGAGUACAAUAAGUUUACUUAAUACUCUGUUCCUCAAAGUUCAUUACAUAUUUGCUGCACUUUUUCUCUGAAUCUUUUUUAUGUUUGUGACUCAAUAUCACUACAUACAGUAUGUGUAAUAAUCAAAUUUAUGUAGUGUCACCAAGAACGAAAAAAUUCCAACUGGUACAUUGUGAUGAAACCUGUCGAACAAUUGUCUUAAGAGCCUCAAAUGGAAUUUUGUAAUGGACAUUGUAUUUACCAUUUCAUUAUUUUGCAUAUGUGACAAAAUCCAUGUUGAGCAUAGUCAUGGCAUAAAGAAAAAAAAAAACUGGGUGUCAAUGCAAAAAGCACAUUCCACUCUUUGGUGUACAGCUGCACUCUAUUGAAUAAGAAUGCGGGAUGGAUACCAUUUCCAACCACCAUGAGAGUGCAUUUCCAAUUACCUUGAGAGUAGAUGGAAAACAUAGAACAUUAUAUAAUUGUAACAUUAAAAAUUCAUCCUCCAGUGUUAUUAAUACAACUAGAGAAUUAGAUAAAUUUCUGGCACAAAUAAGUGAAUAUGUUAGGUGUGAGAAAAUUACCUAACCUAAACUAGUGAAUAAAUCAUCAAAAAGGUUCUGAUGUUUGGAGCUCUAAGUAACAUUAGAUGUCGCAUCAUGGACCAACUUAUAAAUUAAAGGAGUUUUUGUAUGAAUGAAGACAACGUGGCUGUAUUUACUGAAAUUCAAUGAGGCUGAAAUAAUAUGAUAAAAACUAAAAGAGACAAAAGGGUGUAUCAUAAAGUCAGGCAUUCAUGUAGUACCUGCUCUCUCCUGGAAAGAAAUAUUAAAAAGUCAGAAAUAAAGGGGUAGACAUGACUUCACUAGUCUGGUUAUUGGAGUCCUUCCUCAUUUUUGGCUUCAUUCAUAAGUUACAUGUCUGUUAUAACUCCAAUCUCUCCUCUCUGCCUAAACUUUCCCCUAAGAAAAACAUGCCUAGGUUCUGAAAGCUUUGUAUUGUCCAGCAGUUUUUCAAAUAUUGAUAUCCCCCUCACUACUUGGAGAAUGUUCUUUGUUAAACCUAUAUCCAUUUGCUGAUACAGGAAAUGAAAUGAGGUACAUGUUGAAGAUAUUUUGGAUAUAUUAUUUAAGGUGUGCACCAAAAAGUGAGUGAUUCAGGCAAUCAGAAUAAUAAGACUGACACAUUACACAGUGUAAUUUAUAAAACAAAAGCAAUUAUUAAUACCCAGGAGGGAAGUGAGAGGAACAAAUGAGUAGAAGGAAAUGAGGAAUAGUUACAGAAACAGGUAAAAACACAGGGGCAGGGGUAGCAGGUAGAAGGGAAGAAAUUAAGGCUUAGAUAUGUACUGGUACGUAGUGAACACUAUAAACUAGUAGUGAGACAAUCAUGUCAAUGGUUAUGUAAUCGUGUGUUUGGGGAGGGGGAGGAGGGACAGUUGUACACAUAAAUACAUGUUGUUUGCCACUUCUUUUGUCUCAGUUGAAUUAUUCUGAGACAAAUUCAUAAAUCGUAAAUGUUAUUUAUAAAGUCUUUUUAACAACAAGAGUUUUGUAUUGUUGCAUUUCCCCGUAAACAUCAAGUUUUUAAUCCCUUCUCAUGUUAUAGGUGCUAUUCUUAUUUCAACUAUGUUUUAUGUGAAAAACUAAUUAUGUACAUCUUUAUGAUUCCACUAUAUUUUUCAUCUUAUUGAUUAAGCUGUGUUAUUCAGUGAGUAGCUUCAUGCCAAUGUACUUUGUUGCCAAUGUUAGUGAGGAAUAGUCAUUGACAGACAUUAUUUAGUCACUUUUAUUUCGGUAAGAUCCACCAUAUAUCCCUUCAUGAAAUGUGUGUUAAGUCCUGUGUUGUGGAAAGGAUAGGUUGCUAAUCACCUCGUAGAAGAGGCAGUGAGUCACAGACAAGCACAACAGAAAGACUGAUAAACAGUUAAGCUUUCAGGUAAAAGAAGUCUUCCUCCUGAUAUAGAAAAACACACAAGCACCACACAUAUAUGGCCACCCAGAGUGGUGGCCCUGUGUGUCUGAGUUGUGCUUGUGUGAAUAUGUGUUUUCUGUUUUGGAAGAAGGACCAUUUUAUUGUCCAAAAGCUUCCAUGUUUAGCAGUGUUUUUUUGUUGUGCCUCUCUGUGAAUCAGUGCCUCGUCUAUGUAGUGAGUAGCAGUCUAUCCAUCUCAUAUAGCUGCUAUCCAAUCCUGGACUUUCCACUGUUUGAUUAGGUUGUAUAUUGGAUUCACUUUAAACAAGAACAGUAUUAAAAAUCUUUCCAAAAUGUGAAGAGUAAAAAGUAACUCAGAUUGAAGUAGAUGAGAAUAUUCUACUCCUACUCCUUUUGUAAACUUUUUUACUUAAGGAGGUAAUUACAUCAUUACAGAGUAACUGCUGCCACUGAGUCUUGUAAAAUGUAAAACUCCCUCACAGAUCUUCACUAAUCAAUGUAUUUGUCAGAUAGUGCGCCAAUUGGAGUAGUACUUAAAUGUAUGACACUACCUCCUACUUGUAAAAUCCAAACUAUUACACCUAGAAUUGUUAUGGUAGUUAAAAUGCCCUGAGCUAUUAUUUUGUGUUACCUUAGACACUCUUGAAAAUCGGAAGGUUUUUCUUACAUCUACAGAUCUUGAAAAGAGAUCAAACAUCAAAGACACAACACCUUCCUUGAAUGUAUUCUCUGCUGAUGGGAAUGAAGGUGGAUCCACAAAGCCAUAGCAUAAUAGCGUGGAAUGUUUCAGUGUGUUUGACAGACUCUUAUCACUGCUCACCAAAAAGUAUAAACAAAUAAUUUCUUUUGAACAUGUCCCUGGUAUUUGUUAGUUCUGUGGCAAAGUGGCUUUUUUAACAAAAUUUACCCAAUUAAUACAUGAUGGUCUGUUAAAUCAUUAUUAGAAAAAUGUUCCAUGAACCCAAAAAAAUGUUGGUGGUUUAUAAUUAAUAAUUUUAAAAAUUACUGCAUCUUGUCUUUUAUUGAUACAGCUUUGAUGAAAAAUGAGCUGCAAAGAGUAAACUAGGGAACAAAAUUUACUUAAAAACCUUUAGGUUCAUUUUGCUUCCUGGCAGUUUAAUUUCUCUGCUACUCCAUAUAAUUUGUAAACCGAGCUUUUGAAAUCUCUGUUAUGUCAUUUGGUAAGAGUGCAGUAUUUUUCCAACAUUCUUUUAUUGUCAUAGAGAAAGGUUUUUAACUCAGCUGUAGUUUCCAUUUUGAUGCAGUAUAAACUGGGAGACUGUCGAUUGUUUUGUUAGUUGCUCAUGUAUGUGUGGGUAAGUAAAAUGCAUAUUCAUUUUGAACAGAAAAUACUGGCUGUAAAUACGGAGAGAAAUGCCACUGCGAGGAUGCAGUCGCAUGCAGUUGUUGGUUUUCAUUCCAGUACUGGUUGAAUUUCUUGCAAGUAAAGUUAAUACAGUUGAAAAGCCACUGAAAUUAUGUCUUCUCUAAGAAGAAAGUUUGCCUGAAUCUCUUAUGUUCCUAAAACUAAUGUUGGAGAGUUGGUGGUGCAUGUGUUUCAGGAUGGCACUGGAGAGGUUGUACAUGUUUUAGAUAUGUGAAAAUGCACACCAGUUUAAUGCCAAAUUUGAAAUCCGAAGAGCUACAGUAUUCAUUUUUGUAGUUUAUUACCCACCACCGUACAUAACAAAAAAUAUUUUAUACUGUAGCUUAUCAGAGUGCUCCAUUGAUCAUUGAAUCAGUAAUUGUGCACGCAGGAAGUCUAAAUAAGCAAAAAUCAGUCUGGUGUUGCAGAACUAGUUUCAAAGUAUAUAACUUAGAUUUUCUGUUCUAAAAGAACUGAGGAUACUAAAAGAAUGACAGACAUUAAUCAGCUCAAAAACUUUCACUUACUUGUAUUUACUCUCUCAGUAUGUGUUAUGCAAAGACUAAUAGUUUCUAAACAUAGUGGUAGUGUAUUAAAAAAUUUGAAGAAGUGGACAGUCACUUCAGAAAUCUGGUAACCUAAAGUAAUAUUGUCCAUUCUGCCACAGAACCCAUUACUGCAGAGAUACAGUGAUCAAACUGUUUUGUUAUGAGACUAUACUGUACAUUGUUUGAAUGGUAAGUUUGAAGAGUAUUAUUCUUACUAAUUUGCACUUGUUCAUGAGAUUCAUCAGAAAGAAUGCAAAAGAAAAAUGCUACCACUCUUAUAGAAUGGUUUAAUUCAUAUUGAACAUCGCAAAUUUUGGAACUGCUCGAAACCAGUAGCUGUCUAAAAAUUAACCUAAUGUGCAAAAUGCUUGAGAAAUUAUUUUUAGUGUGCCAGAGGAUAAUGUAUGGUAGAUUGGUUGCUGCUAUAACUGUAAAAUCUGUUCAGAGUGCAGUUUUAUUUGUUAUUGGCAUUAACUGACUGCUAAAUAGAGAGAUAUAAAACUACUGAAUAAGAAAAUCCUUUGUGUUGUAACUGUCGUAUAUUUCGAGUAUAGACUUUUUAUAUGUAUAUUGUGUUGUUAAUGUUAAACAAUUAUUUAUUUGUAUAUUAUUCAUAUUUAAGCUUCUUAUUUAUGUUGUUGUUAUUUUGUGUGUUUCUGUGUGCAUGUGUGUGGUUUUUUAGUAAUAAAUUUAGUUAAAUAAUGACAGUGUGAUCACUUGACAUACUUAACAUUUGUAAUUUCUUUUAUUCUGCUUACAAUGUUUGGAAAUGCUCAGUAUUUUUAUUUAUCGUGUACUGAACAUUAUUAAUGCCUUAUUGCCAAGAUCUGAAAGAAUCUGCUAUGUUUAAAUAGGAUUUAAUAUAGUAAUCAUUGACUGAAAUAACGUUUUUACUGCAACAUUGCUUUUAUUUUUCAUUAACGGAAUGUAAAUAAAUUUCAGUCUUAUAUGGCAUCAACUAAUCUUCCAUACAUGAAGAUGCUGACUUCUUGUAAGUCUGGUUUAAAGUAUUUAAUUGUUGGUACAAAUUUAAUGCAAUCCCAAAUAUCAUUUUUGAAUUGUCAUUUGUAUCAUUUUGACAUAAAGUUGUUACAUUUA